GCCGGUCCGGAGGGGCCGAUGGGCUCGGCGGGCGCCGCGGGGAGCGCCACGUGGGUGCUGGCCGGGGGCGUCCUGGCCGCCGCCCUGGCGCUGCCCGCAGGGCCCGGGGACCGAGGCCGCCUCCCCGCGGGCCCGGGUCCCCUCGGGCGCCCCCUCGGAGGACAGUCUUCUCCGGAUCUCCCCGCCGCUCCGGGGGCGGGACCCGAGCGGACUGCGCAGGACUUGCCCCAUUUGAUUUGGCCCAGCGUGGAAAGCUCUCACGUUAAGACCGGGGGAGCACCGUUGAGAAGGAAAUUCAGCAGGAAAAGUGAGGUCUUUAACGCACUCGCGGCUUCCGCAGCCUCUCCUGGGCCCUGGACCCCACCCACGUUUGCUUUCACCCCCUCGGGGCCCAAGAAGGCUUUGUCUAAAAGAGAGUCUCCUAUAACUCAGCGCCUGUACAGAGACAUCUCCAGGGGAGUUCAAGGAACUGCUGAGGAUGGAGUGAUUUUUCAGAAAUGCGCUGUGGUGUCCGGGCAGAGCGAAGUGCAGACAGCUCAGGUGAGACUGCUUGUGGACAACGCCAGGACCCCCGCGGCCACCAACCUCUCUGAUCUCCUGCUGCUCGACAACGUCACUGGCCUCUCCAUCAGGGAGUCGCCUGGAAACAGGACAUCGGCGGGAUUCCAGGCUUUCAGAAAGAAGUUUCUGCAAGUUGGAGACUGCUUCUCGGUCAGCUACACAGCCUCCAUCCUGGCCGGAGACGUUGCGAGCGGAGACGUCCUCGUACUUCCUGCCUGGCUCACCUUCCAGAGCUCAGCACUGAACAGAACGCAACUAAAAGCCCUUUUCACUGUAACAGCAGAGAAGAUAAAGGUUGCUCCCAACCAUGGCCUUCACACAGCAGGAUUCUUCAUAGCCUCCAUCGCCUCCUUCGUGCUGACCUGGGCCAUGCUUUUCUUCCUGGCUCGAUACCAGUGUAUGAAGGGAAGCCUGCUCACCAGGCACCAGGUUCAGCCUCAUGAGAACAAGCUGGAGCACUGCCAGUUCACCUCAGCCGAUGGCAUCAAUGAGGACCUUGCUCUCAAUGACCAAUUGAUUGACAUCCUGUCUUCAGAAGACCCCGGGAGCAUGCUUCAAGCCUUAGAAGAGUUGGAGAUCGCAACCUUGAAUCGGGCCGACUCAGACCUGGAGGCUUGUCGAACCCAAAUCAGCAGAGAUAUCAUCGCCCUUCUGCUGAAGAAUCUCACCACCUCUGGCCACCUGUCCCCCCAGGUAGAGAGGAGGAUGGGUGCUAUUUUCAAAAAGCAGUUUCUGUUGCUGGAGAAAGAAAUACAAGAGGAGUAUGAUCGGAAGAUGGUGGCAUUGACGGCCGAAUGUGACCUGGAAAUGAGAAAGAAGACAGAGAACCAGUACCACAGGGAGAUGGCAGCAAUGGAAGAAGCAGAAGAGUUGCUGAAACGUGUCAGUGAGAGGUGGGCUGUCGAGUGCAGCAACCUCCUGCGGACCUUGCACGGCCUGGAGGAGGAGCAGCUAAGGCGGUCCCUGGCGCUGCGGCGAGAGGAAGACUUUGCCCAGGCCCACAGGCAGCUGGCUGUUUUCCAGAGGAACGAACUACACCGUAUCUUCUUUACGCAGAUCAAAAGUGCCAUAGUCCAAGGGGAACUGAAGCCGGAGGCGGCCAAGAGGCUGCUGCAGGAUUACUCUGACAUACAGGAGAAAUUAGAAGAGCUAAUGGACUUUUUCCAGGCCAGUAAGAGAUACCAUCUAAGCAAAAGAUUUGGGCAUAGAGAGUACCUGGUACAGAACAUGCAAUCAUCAGAGACCCGCGUGCAAGGCCUCCUGAGCUCCGCAGAUGCUCUGCUGACCCUGUUCAUCCAGAAACACGAGAGAGCGGGGUACCUUGAUGAGGACCAGAUGGAGGCUCUGUUGGAGCGCACCCAGACGGAAGUCUUUUCCAUCAAACAGAAGCUGGACAAUGACUUGAAGCGGGAGAAGAAGAAGCUGCACCAGAAAUUAAUCCUUAAGAGAAGACGAGAGAUACUGCAGAAGCUCAAGGAGCAGCGCAAGGAGCUGCUGUCGGUCGGGGAGGCCCUGCGGGCGGCCGAGGACGCCGGCCAGUACCUGGGCCGCUGGGGGAGCCUGCUGGCGGGGCACGGCGCGGCGCUGGAGAUGCUGCAGGAGCGCCUGGACCAGGCGGCCCUGGAGGACCUGAGGGCCCUGAGCCUGUCGCUGUCCGAGAAGGCCGCCGAGGAGCUGAGGCGGCUGCAGAGCGCGGGGGUGACCCAGGAGCUGCUCAAGCGCAACGUGCCCUGGCUCUUCGUGCAGCAGGUCCUGGAGGAGCACAGCCGAGAGCUGGCCGCCCGGGCCCGGCAGCUCGAGGGCCAGGAGCGGGACAGGGGCCAGGAGGGCGUCCAGAGCGUCAGGCAGAGGCUGAAGGACGACGCCCUGGAGGCCUCCACGGAGGAGCAGGCCGAGCUGAGAUGCUGGGAGCGCCUGAUCUUCGCGAAGCUCUGUUCCUCAGCCUUCUCCCAGUCUGAAGAGGAGCUGCUCAGGAUGAAGCAGGAGGUUCACGGCUGCUUCGCCCAGAUGGACAGGAGCCUGGCCCUCCCCAAAAUCCGGGCCCGCGUCCUGCUGCAGCAGCUGCAGACCGCCUGGCGAGAAGCAGAGUUCCAGAAGCUGGACCAGGCGCUGUCUGCCCCUGAGCUGCAGCCGCAGUCCAGGGCGAGAAAGCCGCGCUCCAAAAGCAAGAGCAGAACAGACCUUCUGAGGAAGUGCAUCGAAGAUAAAAUUCAGCUCUUUGAGGAACAAGUCCCCGAGGACCUGGUUGAGAAGGUCCGCGGGGAGCUGCUCCGGGAGCGCAUGCAGCAGCUGGAGGCCCAGGAGGCACGCUUCGCAGAGUCCCUGGUGUCCCUGCAGUUCCAGAAGGCCGCCAGGACAGCCCAGACCCUGUGGGUGUACACCGCCCUCCUGAGCAUCCAGGACCUGCUGCUGGAGGAGCUGAGCGAGUCGGAGACCCUGACCAAGUUGGCCUGUGAGCAGAUCCUGGGGUCGCACGGCCUGGAGCUCCAGGAGCUGGAAAGGAAGCUGGAAGAGAAGCUGGUGCACCAGGAGGCUGUGCAGCUGCAGCGGGCGCUGGCCAGUCGGCAGCAGUGGGCCGGCGACGGGCCCGGGCUUCUCAACGAGCCUGAGGACGCGGAUGCUGACAGGCAGGUCUCCGCUGUGCUGCAGCAAGCCCUGGGCAAGGGCCGGAAGUUGCUGGAACACCACCAGCAGAGCUGGAGGGAGGAGCGAGACCACAGCGCCGUGCUCGAAGAUUUGCUGGAGAAUGUGGAGUUCGACACCUUCACCGCCCUCUACAGCCAGGCGCUGAGACUGGCGUCGUACCUGUCCAGGCUGGCGAUGGUGCCCGGGGGCACGCUGCGCCGGCUCCUGACCGUGGCUCUGCCCGGGGCCUCGCCGGCCGAGCUGCUGGCCGCGCUGGACUCGGGCAGCCAGAAGCAUCCAGACCACUCGGCGGAGAACGAUGGUGGCGGGGAGCAGGCCGACCCGGGCAGGAGGAGGAAGCACCAGGGCUGGUGGCAAGCCUUGGAAAGCAGACUACGGGGAGAGCUGAUAAGCAGAGGAUUGGAAAAGAUGCUCUGGGCCCGCGAGAGGAAAGAGAGCAUAUUGCAGAAGCCUUGUCCCCCUCUCAGAGAGAGGCUGGUAUUACCUGGAAAAGGAGGCUGGCCACACCUGUCCCUGGAGUCCGUCGGAGAAGUGGCCGCUGUGCCCAUCAUGGGGGCCGAAACCAUCGACUUAUUGAACACAGGCGAGAAGCUCUUUAUAUUCAGAAAUCCCAAAGAGCCAGAGAUCUCACUGCAUGUUCCUCCCAGGAGAAAGAAGAAGAACUUCCUGAAUGCCAAAAAGUCCAUUUGGGCCUUGGGCACGGACUAAACCAAAAGAAAGCUCGCAGGAGUCUGAAGACAGAUUUUUUCCUCCUACCCACCUGUGUGUGUGUGUGUGUGUGUGUGUGUGUGCAUGCACAUGCACACACGUGCAUUUGUACAUAGAAAUUGCAAACACAGAAGACACGGACACCCCCAAUAUCCACGACUUUCAAGGACUCGGUUCAGUCUGGUCUCUGUCCUCAGCAUCACGAGGGACAUGAUGAGACAUAGGACCGGCCUUGAAUGCUUUGGUGCUACCUCUCUGGGGGUGCGGAGGAGACCCCAGCCCCCCGGGUUGUACCCCUGCACCGCCUGGCUGCAUAUGGGCUGAGUGUCCAAGUGAGGCUCUCCAUUUCCGCAUUUUGUAUUUGUUACAUAUUCUGUUUUUAUCAAGGGAACAUUUGAAAAUAAAUUACCAAGAGCUCGUCUCAAAAAUAAACUACA